AUGCUAGAGGUGUUGCGUAAGAAGGUGGAAGAGCAUGAUAAGCAGAAUGCAUCCAUCACAGACAAGCAGAAAAACCUAGCGACGGUGAGCCUAGGUCGGCUAAGGAGACCUACUGAGAACCCAAGGAGCAUUACCUUUGUUGUGCCCCUAAGUCUACGAUCGCCGGAUAGAACUCGGACGAAAGAGAAUCCUGCUACGGGACGUAACACGGAGAAUGCUAAAGGUGAAGAACUUACAGCUGCAAACCAAGCCCACGCCGAGCAGCAAAAAGUUCAAGAACUGAUAGAGGAAGAGGAAAACGAUCUUUGGGCACAAUAA